GUGCUGACGUCACACUCGUGCUCGGAGGAGGGUCUGGAGGACGCGGCCAACGUCCUGCUCCAACUGUCCCGGGGGGACGCCGUCACCCGCGACACCGUCCUGCGCCUCCUGCUCAGCGGCGCCCGCACCCUGGGGGCCACCCUCUGCCGCCAGAUCGGGACGCUGCUGGCGGAGCUGAGGGAGUACAACCUGGAGCAGCAGCGGCGGGCGCAGAGCGAGGCCCCGUCCCCCGAGGGGCUCCCCGAGGAACAGCCCCCCAGCGCCAAGCUGAAGGGCAAGAUGCAGAGCCGGUCAGCCCCACGGCGCCCCACGGCGCCCCACACACUGCCCCACGGCACCCCACACCCUCAUCCCUGUGUGUCUGUGUGUCCCCAACAGUCGGAGGCCGGACAGGCGGACGCCGCUCCCCGUCGCGACGAGUCCCCCAUGGACGUGGACCAGCCCUCCCCCGCCCCGCAGGACGCCCCCUCCGUGGGUUCGGAGGGGUCUCAGGGGGGGGAGCGGGAGGAGCGCCCCCCCGAGCUGCCCCUGCUGAGCGAGCAGCUCUGCCUGGACGAGCUGUGGGACAUGCUGGGAGAGUGCCUCAAGGAGCUGGAGGAGUCCCACGACCAACACGCCGUCCUCGGUGGGUACCCCAACAUCUCGGGGGGGGCCCCAAGAUAUUUCCGUCAGGAGCUGGAGCGGUUGGACGAGGGGCUGCGGAAGGAGGACAUGGCCGUCCACGUGCGGCGCGACCACGUCUUCGAGGAUUCCUACCGGGAGCUGCACCGCAAAUCCCCCGAGGAGAUGAAGAACCGCCUGUACAUCGUGUUCGAGGGCGAGGAGGGGCAGGACGCGGGGGGGCUGUUGCGGGAGUGGUACAUGAUCAUCUCGCGGGAGAUGUUCAACCCCAUGUACGCCCUGUUCCGCACCUCGCCGGGGGACAGGGUGACCUACACCAUCAACCCUUCCUCCCACUGCAACCCCAACCACCUCAGCUACUUCAAGUUCGUGGGGCGCAUCGUGGCCAAGGCCGUCUACGACAACCGGCUCCUUGAGUGUUACUUCACCCGCUCCUUCUAUAAGCACAUCCUGGGCAAGUCUGUCCGGUACACGGACAUGGAGAGCGAGGACUACCACUUCUACCAGGGCUUGGUCUACCUGUUGGAGAACGACGUCUCCACCCUGGGCUAUGACCUCACCUUCAGCACCGAGGUGACUGUCACCCCCCCCGGCAUUGUCACCUCCCCCCACGUUGUCACCUCCCCCCUCUGGGGUGACAGGGGACACCCCGAGGACAAGGGACACCCCCCAAGACACACACCCCCACCCCAACAUCUCCCUGGGGUUCCACCAACGCUGCUCCUGGGGGUGUCACCUCUGUCCUUGGGGUACAUCGUGUUCGAGGGCGAGGAGGGGCAGGACGCGGGGGGGCUGUUGCGGGAGUGGUACAUGAUCAUCUCGCGGGAGAUGUUCAACCCCAUGUACGCCCUGUUCCGCACCUCGCCGGGGGACAGGGUGACCUACACCAUCAACCCUUCCUCCCACUGCAACCCCAACCACCUCAGCUACUUCAAGUUCGUGGGGCGCAUCGUGGCCAAGGCCGUCUACGACAACCGGCUCCUUGAGUGUUACUUCACCCGCUCCUUCUAUAAGCACAUCCUGGGCAAGUCUGUCCGGUACACGGACAUGGAGAGCGAGGACUACCACUUCUACCAGGGCUUGGUCUACCUGUUGGAGAACGACGUCUCCACCCUGGGCUAUGACCUCACCUUCAGCACCGAGGUGACUGUCACCCCCCCCGGCAUUGUCACCUCCCCCCACGUUGUCACCUCCCCCCUCUGGGGCGCCAUCCGGAAGCAGCUGGCAGCUUUCCUGGAGGGUUUUUACGAAAUCAUCCCCAAACGCCUCAUCUCCAUCUUCACGGAGCAAGAGCUGGAGCUGCUCAUCUCGGGGCUGCCCACCAUCGACAUCGACGACCUCAAGGCCAACACCGAGUACCACAAGUACCAGGGCAACUCCAUCCAGAUCCAGUGGUUCUGGCGGGCGCUGAGGUCUUUCGACCAAGCGGAUCGGGCCAAGUUCCUGCAGUUUGUGACGGGGACGUCCAAGGUGCCCCUGCAGGGAUUCGCCGCCCUGGAAGGGAUGAACGGGAUCCAGAAAUUCCAGAUCCAUCGGGACGAUCGCUCCACAGACCGCCUGCCCUCC